AGUAUUUGAUCGCAAUCAACAAUUUCACGCCUUGACUACCAUUCAUAUAUAUAUACAACUACCACUCCUCAAGAUGGGCUGGUGGAAAGCAGACCCCGUUCCUGACCCUGCACCACCACAACCGACCUCAUCCUCGUCAUCAUCUCCACCUCCGCAUCCCAUACCCUCGAACUCAUCUUCCUCCUCCUCCGCCUCAGCAUGUCCAGUCGACCCGCAGACUCGAUCGAUAUGGCUAAAAGCUGCACAACAAAAAUCACAAUCCGCAAACAAUAUCCAGUCCCCACUCCCAGCAUCACAUCCACAACUACCACUACCACCCUCAUCCCAACAUCCUGCCUCAAAACCCUCUGAAGAAUGUUCAUCCGACCGAAUCUCCCAAUCUCCAUCUGCCUAUAUAAACUACGACCCUAGCGUCAAACCCCCUCCACGCCCGUUAUCCCAAGAACGAGAAAUCUCCACCAUUCCGCGAGCCAUGCCACCACCACCACCCCCCUCGACCUCCUCUCCCUCAUCAACCCCCUCCGCAUCCAUCCCAUCCAACUCCGAAACCGAAACCGGAGUCUCCUCCUCCGGCAAUUGGAUCUACCCAUCCGAAACACAAUUCUACAAUGCCGUGAUGCGCAAACAAACCGCCGCCUCGGAAGCCGAUCUCGUCUCUUCAAUCAGUUCCAUCAUCCCCAUCCACAACGCCGUGAACGAACGAGCAUGGUAUCUAAUUAAGGGUUGGGAAGGCAAUUCGAGCGAAUCAUGUGGUGGACCGAAAUUGGCUAGUUUUCAAGGUCUUGGGUCUGGUGCUUUGAGUCCAAAGGCCCGAAUGAGGAGUUUGGUCGGAUAUACUCAGCCAUUUGACCGGCAUGAUUGGGUCGUCGAGAGAUGUGAUGGGAAACAGAUCGAGUAUGUGAUUGAUUUUUAUCAGGGGAAAGCUACUCCUCCUUCCACGGGUGUUGGCGGUGCGGUAGGUGCUGAUGCUGCUGCUGCCAACCAAAAAUUGAAUUUCUUCCUUGACGUUCGGCCGAAGUUGAAUAGUGCUGAGGGGUGCAAGAUGAGAGUUCAGAGGUUUUUUGGUUGGCGAUGAGAUGAAUGAGACUUCAUGUCACAUUUAUCGAUCAACCACUCGUAUAUUUCAACUCACUGUAUAUUACGAACAUAAUUGUCUGGUAACGCAAAUGCCAUAUAGCGAGGCAUGGACCUGAAACUCAAACUAGAAGAUCCAAUCAUGAAGAAUAAUCC